UAGAAGUUGAGCAACUGUACAAUCUAGAGAAGGAAAUUGUAUUUGCCAGAAGCGUUGAAUCUGCUCGAAAUUUAUUAGGUGAAUUUGCCAACAGACGUAAAGAUGAGGCGUGCAGGUUUGGGAGAAGGAGCCCCCCAAGGAAACUAUGUGGCAAGCGGAUACAGCGUUUACGAAGAAGAGAAUGAACACUUACAGGAGGGGUUGAGAGCGAAAGUGAACGCUCUGAAACAUCUAUCCAUUGACAUUGGAAAUGAAGUCAAGUACCAAAAUAAAAUGUUGGAAGGCAUGGACUCUGAUUUUGAUUCAACUGGUGGUCUGCUUGGGGCCACUAUGAACAGACUGAAAUUAAUAUCAAGGGGAAGUCAGACUAAGAUCUACUGCUACAUGCUGCUCUUCGUCCUUUUUGUUUUCAUUGUACUGUACUGGGUGAUCAAACUCAGGUGAUGUAGGGGAAUGAUUUGUUCCCACUCAAGUCUCUCACAUGUGCCACCGGGUUUUGGAUCUGAAGGCCAGGGUUCUAGCGAUGAUGACCACUGUGAUGAAGUUAAGGAUACAGUAGUGCAAGAGUGUCCUGUGUUGGACAGGAACGUAAAAAACAAAACAUUGAACAACAACGUUAUGUUUUCAGAUGAAAUGUGUCUUAAGCUUAUAGAAGCAAUGAUUCCACACUGCCACAAGUUAGUUUUGUACUGUAGGAUAUGGAUGUCAGUACUUUUCAUUUCAUUUUGAACCGCAGACUGAUUUGAUUGGUCUAGAGGCUGCUGUCUGUGUGCACAAAAUUUGUAAACUCAAACAAAUCUGAUAGCGGUUAACCAUGGAAAUAAAUGCUGUAUAUUGUUUAUUUGGGCUAAUAUAAUGGUAAAUGCUGACUCCCUUUAGACCAUAUGUGGCAUAAACAUCCUUAUUAUCAUGGAGGCCACACUCAGGCCACUGCGUAAUCCCAUGAAAGAACUGCAUGGUCCAAAAGUUCAAACAUCUUACAGCACCUAGUAACAGGCUUGUGUAAUGGCUCAAAUAUGUUUAAGUCCGACAGUCUUUUUCUAACUGACAGAUUAAAGGGAGAUAACAUUAGGCUUUAGAACUGGAUGCUCAGUUAUGCGGAAGAUGAUGGGUUAAUUUAUUUUGUAGAGGUUUGUGGAGAGCAUCAUAUCUUUGCAGGUAUUUUACUGUACGGCAGUGUAUUUUUGAGUUUUCAGUGGUAAUGCUUUGACAUUCAGCUGACGACGCUCAUCUUUUUCACAGCUUUAUCCUUUUCAUUUUUAGACUCUUUUGUUUAUUCACCAAGUGUUCCAAUAUUUCAUCUCAAGAUACAUGUCAGAUGAACCAUGACUCUUCUCUGAAAAUAUGGAAUGGUAAGAGAUACAGGGGUACUCCACAAAGCAGGAUUUCUCAGUUAGCUGGACAACUAAAGUCAGGACUUUCUAAUAGGAAUGUUCUUUGACUGUUCUCCUAUGGGGUAGUCUUGACUUCUAGCAUUAUUUACCCAGAUAACUGGAAAACUUACUUUGCAGAAUACCUCCAAGGUGUGCUUAGCAGAAGACCUCCCAAUUGCUAAACUGUACUUUUAUUUUUACAGUGUAAAUAAGUUGCAUGUUUUCUUAGGAAAUUGGGAUUGUAAGAAAGAGAAAAUGUGCAAUUUCAAGUGAAUAAAUCAAUGUACAUAGUUAUAUUGA